AACAAAAAGAUGAAAAUUUAUUCUAUAACCUCUGGACUAAAAUUAUUACUGAAAAGAACUCAGUAGUCUAUAUUGCCCUUACUGCUGAAGUUGAGAUUCAACCUCCUACUAUGCAAGAUUGCAAAGAAAAUUCUUCUUAA